AUGACGAUCAAAUCCGUUUUUACGGACUCUACCCUGGCUCGCUAUGCCAGGUCAAUUAGAGAGUCUCCACGAGAGCUUAUAUUAAACCAUCGACUCUUACUCACGGUUGCUUUGUAUGCUAUGGCGGGUAUUCCCAUUACAUGGGAUCAAGGUUCCUCGUCUGUGGUUCCAUCUCUGCCAGGAUUUCAGGAGAAGUUCGGCAUUACAUCUGCUGCCAAUCCCACCCAAAUCAGCAACUUUGUAUCUAUUGUCUACGUUGGCGCUGGUGUUGGUGCUGGUCUGUCAUUCUUUAUCAACGACCGCAUUGGUCGUCUGUGGUCGUUGCGCUUGUAUAUGGUGGUGUACAUUAUCGGCCAGCUAGUAGCCACAUUGUCCGACGGUCACCUUGGGGCCCUAUAUACUGCACGCAUUAUCUCCGGACUAGGAAUUGGUUCAUUGACCGUGAUCGGCCCUGUGAGUAUAGUUGAAGUAGCACCUACUGAGUUUCGAGGACUCUUGGCGGUGUGGUUCAGCAUUGUCAUGUUGCUCGCGCUGACAGUAUCAUGCCUCGUGGUAUUGGCGGCUUAUCUUCACGUACCGACCAGCGCCUUGCAGUACCAAGUGGUCUUCUUCAUCCCAAUCAUUGUCUUAACUUUGGUCAUUGUUGGCAGCUUUUUCUUGUAUGAAAGCCCGCGAUGGCUCUUUAUAGUCGGGCGCGACGAGGAAGCGACCAAAACACUGAUCAAGCUGCGCGGAUUGAGCGCCGACCAUCCGCGUGUACGUUUAGAACUGGAAGAAAUCCGCUGCUCGGUCCAAAGCCAGAAGGGUAUCAGCUCAGGGUUUAUUUCUAGUUGCCGAGAAACGUUCCUGGUGCCGUCCAACUUCCGUCGCUUCCAGCAAGCGUUUUUGUCUUAUGCUCUUGCGCAGCUAUCCGGUGCAAACAGUGUCACUUCAUACCUUGUACCAAUUCUGAGCCUACUGGGGUUGGGUGGUGGUACUGAGCGUUCCCUGUUUCUGACAAGCAUGUAUAGCAUGGCCAAAUUCUUUUUCACGGUGAUGGCCAGUUUCUUCUUUAUUGAUGCCCUUGGCCGUCGGAAGAGUCUCUUUCUAGGUAUUACUGUCCAAAUGAUCUCUGAUAUCUACCUGGGCGUCUUUAUCAAAUACCGACAACAGAAUAACGUGACUCAAAGCGCGGGUGAGGCGGCUGUUGCAAUGAUCUUCUUUCAUGGGUUCGGCUAUGCUGUUGGCCUUCUCGUACUACCCUAUGUCUUCGGUGCCGAGCUCUGGCCCAACCAGAUCCGCUCCUUUGGCGCCUCCUUUUCACAGAUGUUCCACUGGCUCUUCUACUUCGGCGUCAACAAGGGUGUGCCAUCCCUUCUCACAGAAACCAAAAAUUGGGGGGCCUUUCUCUUCUUUGCAGGAUGGUGUUUUAUCGCACUAUUCUACGUGUUUUUCCUCGUACCAGAAACCUCGGGACUUUCGCUGGAGGAGCUCAAUGCCGUGUUUGAGCAACCACUUUGGAAAGCAUAUCUGAGCACUAGGAAGAAGACAAUGACGCCUAUCAUAGACUCUUCGGAGGUGUCGUAA